CCACACCAUAUCCGGUGGAUCUUAUCAGGGAGUUUCGAGUCGACUUCGUUGAGGCACCGAUCACGAGCUAGGAUCACACUUGAGCAACCAUGGUGAAGAUCUUCAUUGGGAACCUGUCUCAGCACACUGAGAAGGAGGACGUGGAAGCUCUCUUUACCAAAUAUGGCACAGUGACAGAAUGUGCAAAGUACAAAAAUUAUGCCUUUGUCCACAUGGAUGACCGCAAGUCAGCCACCAAAGCCAUCCGUGAGCUCCAUCUCCAUAAGCUGGAUGGCAGGCCCAUCAACGUGGAGCCCAGCAGAGGGAAGAACCAGGGCCCUGUGAAGCUCCACAUAGCCAAUGUAGAAAAGGGCUUUGACGAUGAGCUGCGAGCCAUGUUUGAAGAGUAUGGCACAGUGAAAGAGUGUGCCAUUGUCAAGAACUUUGCCUUUGUUCACAUGGAUAACUCUGAUGAGGCCAUGGAUGCCAUAAAGGGCCUGGAUAACACAGAGUUUCAAGGAAAGCGCAUACACGUUCAGAUAUCAAAAAGCAGACCCAAAGGUGGACCCGAGGAGGAGGACGACUAUCCGCCUCCACCGAGCAGAGGAGGCUAUUAUCCCCCUCCCCGCUACCCGGGGGAGAGGCCCGAGCCUCCGUACAGAGAUCCCAGGGAUCACAGAGAUCACAGAGAUCUCCGCGAUCCCCGCGAUCGCAUGUCUGCAUACGCCCCUCCACCCCUGCCCCCGCCACCCCCUCCCCCAAGACGAGCAUCUUACCACGACCGUGGCUACGGCGAGCGAGAAGACUACGCCAUGGUGGAUUACUACGAGAAAUACAGAGCCCGCCCCUACAGCAUGGGCGGAUACGAUGACAGGCGUUCCAACGCCCCUCCUCCUCCGCCACCCCCCUCGGCACUGGUAAGGGAACGUCUCUCUAUGGGGGCCCCUGACCCGUACGAGCGCCGCCCCCUCCCCCCUCCAUCCUACAUGUCUAGAGAUCGAAGCCCCAUCAGACGUGCCCCCCCUCCGCCUCCUCCAUCAGCCGGUAAUGGGUACUCAUACGAGCGCUCCAGGCUCUCCCCGCUGUCCAGGGCUCCCAUGUACGCGCCUCAGAUGUACGCAGCCCACCGCCCCAGGGACCCCUACGCAGAGAGAGGGCCCCCGCCUCCACCACCACCCCCCCGAUAUGCGGGCUACUAGGCAUCCGGAGGGUCAUUCAAGGUUUAGAAUAUUGCAAGAUCGUCGUCGUCGUCUGCUGAUGCACGUGGCGCUAAACAUCCCCCUCGUCUUUGGCGGAUUGCGUUGCGUUUGCCUGAGACUUACUGGAAGAUACUGUUUUGCAGACCGCCCCGUACUUUAAAAUCAUAUGAUUCCAUGUCUACGGUUCACGUAAUCUUCUGAGCUGUUGAUGCCUUUUCUGUUCCUCUGCUUGUUUUACUGUUUAGAUCCCUCAAAUGUUUUAAAGAAUAGGAUGCUGGCCUAGAUGCCUAGUCUAUUUCAGUGUGACGGAGUACUGUUAAUGCCAAAAGCCCUCUGCUCUUCAAUUUUUCUAAAUGGAUAUGCUCUUUUUCAUAACGAGGGAAGACGUUUAAAUAAAUAAAAAUACAUAGUCUGAGAUCAAAAUCAUUGCACUCAGACUAAGGUUGUUGGUUAUUUACAAAAUAUUCAUCAAAAUAAGAAUAAAAGUUCAGUGUAGUUGUUUUUAUAAUCAUUUUACAUGGUGUGGCAGGUUGUACGUAAUCUUUUAAGAUUUGCGACAAAUGUUAGCAUGACGAAUCAAAAGUUAAAGGGUGGUUUUUUUUAUUUUUUGUGUUAUCUUUUCUUGCGAAAAUAGAUUCUAGACACCCAUUAUGUAUGAUUUGAUUUACUUUACAAGUUGCUUUUUAUUUGAUCGCUUUUUAAUAAACAAAUGAAACCAAAAACUA